CGGGUGAAGGCCGGUGCCCCGGAUGUAGCCCUGGCGCGAGCAGCUCCCCUUUCCUUUGCCAGCCUGCCCGGGCCCUUAGCUCAGUUUGGGGAAGACCCCUCGGUCCAGCCAUGCCAAAGAGGAAAGUGACCUUCCAAGGCGUGGGAAAUGAGGAUGAGGAGGAUGAGAUCAGUGUUCCCAAGAAGAAGCUAGUGGACCCUGUGGCUGGGGCAGGAGGUCCUGGGAGCCGCUUCAAAGGCAAACACUCUUUGGACAGCGAUGAGGAGGAUGAGGAGGAGGAGGGGUCCAGCAAAUAUGACAUCCUGGCCUCAGAGGAUGUGGAAGGUCAGGAAGCAGCCACACUCCCCAGUGAGGGGGGUGUGCGGAUCACACCCUUCAACCUACAGGAAGAGAUGGAAGAAGGUCAUUUUGAUGCUGAUGGCAACUACUUCCUGAACCAGGAUGCUCAGAUCCGAGACAGCUGGCUGGACAACAUUGACUGGGUGAAGAUCAGGGAGCGGCCACCUGGUCAGCGCUCACCGACAGACUCAGAGGAGGAGGACAGCCUGGGCCAGACACCAAUGAGUGCCCAAGCCCUCCUGGAGGGCCUUCUGGAGCUCCUGCUGCCAAGAGAGACAGUGGCUGGGGCACUGAGGCGUCUGGGGGCCAGAGGAGGAGGCAAAGGGGGUAGCAAGGGGCCCGGGCGGCCCAGCUCCCCCCAGCGCUUGGACCGGCUGUGCGGUUUGGCCGACCAGAUGGUGGCUCGAGGCAACCUUGGUGUUUAUCAGGAGACAAGAGAACGCUUGGCCAUGCAGUUGAAGGGGUUGGGAUGCCGGACCCAGGGACCCCCUGACCCCAUGCCCCAACCUUCUCUGGACAUGUUUGCUGAGGAAGUAGCAGAAGGGGAGCUGGAGACCCCAACCCCUGUCCAGAGAGGAGAAGCAGAGUCACCAGGAGCUGGUCUGCUGGAUGUGAUGUGGGAGUAUAAGUGGGAGAAUACAGGUGAUGCUGAGCUAUACGGGCCCUUCACCAGCAGCCAGAUGCAGACGUGGGUGAAUGAAGGCUACUUCCCUGAUGGUGUGUAUUGCCGGAAGCUGGACCCCCCUGGUGGACAGUUCUACAACUCAAAACGAAUUGACUUUGACCUCUACACCUGAGCCUUCUGAGGGCCAGUUUAGUGGCUCUUUCUUUCCUGGACUCUGGAGGAGGCCCCAGUUGCCUCAGGCAGUGAGAAUAUUGGGGGCCAGUUUUCAGUCAAUUCCUUUCCCAAUAAAAGCCUAUAGUUGUGUAUUAGGUCCUUGACUGCCUGAUGGCCAGAAGCCAGGGACCUCCACAGCCCCUUUGGCUUUGCCUCUGUCCCUGAGUAUUUCCUCAUGACGUUUCUCUUGGAGAGUUUCUGGUUUUUGUUUACCACUCCUAGGGGCAGAGCCAGGGCUGCCAGGUGUCCUGUGGCCUCCCCGCCUGGACUGCCCACCAUCUGAAAAUCCCUUCACUCCCUGUCAUUCUCCAGUAUUGGGAUUCCUGUUUCGCUGUUCUUAGGUCAUUGCUUUUAGGACCUCAGAGUCUCUGUCCUUGCAGCCAGUGUAGGAUAGAGCCCCAGAAGUGGAGAUUGCAGGCCGUGAAGGGCUGGAACAUCUGUUGGGUGUGAGCAGGAAGCCUGGUAUUCACUGUCUCAAGCUCCUUAGGUGAAGUGCAGACUCAGUGUUGGCACUUGAAGGACCCUUGAAGGUCACCUGGGACAACUGCCCAUUGACCAAGCACUGAGGGGGCUGUGCCUCACUGGAGGUGACAGUGAAUCAGGGUUGGCACAGACCCAAAGGGCUCCUUUCCCAGACCUUUCUUGGUACCAGGUCUUUUCUGCCUGGCAUUUGAGGCCCUGAAGCUUAUAUUUUCUGGGCUCCCACAGUGUGCCUAGCACAGGACUAAUGCCUUGAGGGGACUAAGAUAACUGAGCUGGUCCCCUUCCAGGAAUUCAGAGUUGGGUGAGGGAGUGGGGUGGAACUAUACCAUGUCUCAGACAGGUAUAAUUCUAUAGUGAGACCUGACUGCUCCCCUCCCCCCGCCAAGCCCUUUAGUGCUGCCUUAGGUCUCCUCACUUGCACCAAGUUAGGCUGAUUUCUCCACUUUUCACCUUGGCUGGCCAUUGGGAUCUCAUGGGGAGCUGUCAAAUUACUUCUCAGAGAAUUAAUUGAAUGAGUUGAUCUAGGACCUAGAUUCUAGGUAAUGGCCUGGAGGCUGGGUCUUUUAAAAGCUCCUGGGUGUUUCCAAUGUGUGGCCAGGUGGAGAACAACGGCCUGACUCCCAAGGCAGGUUACACCUGGGGAGGGCAGUUCCUGGGCCUCUGUGGUAGCCUAGCAGUAGGCCCUAGCUGAUCAUGUGUGUGGCCAGGGCUCUGGUGGAGUUUGUUAGUUACUGGAGAGCUGAGCACCAGAGGCAUGGGACACCUCGGGGGUAGAGGGGCCAGGCCAGAACGAGGGGAUACCUGAUGUUCUAGUGAGGCCUCCAGUUUCUGUAAUAAUCAGACCCACUCUAGUGCUAAACCAGACCUCGUUUUCAUUGACUCCAAGAUGCCUUUGGUUGUAAAAUGGCUUACUUCGUGUCAUUAAAAAGGAAACCCUCCUAA